GUCACUUCGUCUGCCAUGGCUUUCCUUAUUUCUCUAAAACUCCACCGAUUAUAAGUGUCAUUUCUGCAAUGACGACCAAACGUCCAACUGUGUCUUUUUCUGGUGGGUACUGAGAACGUUGUAUGGGUGUGUUUGUGUGUGUGGGCGCGUCUGCGUGUGUGUGUGUGUGUGUGUGUGAGAGAGAGAGAGAGAGAGAGAGAGAGAGAGAGAGAGAGUCCAUAUAUUGCAUCUGUGGCUAGGCAAGAAUCAGAGAUUCAGAAAAGCGGGAAUGGCCUUUAUAGAAGCACAAAAAGAGGAACACCCAAAGCUCCAAAAUAAAGAAAACGAGAUUGAAAUUAAAGUUUUCUUCUGGCUAGAAUCCAAAAUUCAAGAACUUUCUUAAAACAAUUCGUGUUCUUGAUUUUGUCAGUUCACUCGCUUUUCCCUGUUAUUUAUCUCUUUCAUAAUUUUCCUUGGAAUCUAUUGCUGCCGUUUUAUUGUCUUCUUUCGCAUAAGAACUCUAGAACUACGUGUCCUACAAGCUGUGUACCUGUGUACUUCAUUUUGCUUUCUGGGUUUGCUUCCAAUUUUGUUUUUCUUUUUUUUGUUUUUAUAAUAUAGCCAUAUAAGCAAGAAGGGCAUGAAGGGUGUGAGUUUUUCAGUUAGAGUGAUUUAGGGGGAACGUUCUGAGUGGGUUUGGUUCAUUUGCUGAUAUUUUCAAGUUGAGUUCCGCAAGUUUUUCUUUACUAUUGCGUCUUGGUACCUGAAACUGGAAGCGGUUCUAAUUUGUGCAAUAGGUGAAUCUUGAAAAGGUUAUAAAAUUACAUAUUUCAGUGUUGUGCUUGUCGAGUUAUAGUGUUUUAGUCUUCGGUGAAUCACGAGGUGUAUUUGUCAGUUUCAGGUCUUUUCAAGUGCUAGAAGACUUGAAAUGGGUCCCACGUUACUGCUUAGCGCUUGAACAAAUUUCCAAGUUGUUCAAUGGUUAUAAAUUGGGGGUUGAGAAAUCUAUGGUUCUCUAUAUUCUGCGCAUUCUGUUAAUUUGAAGCCCUUUCCAAUUGCUUGAAACGUUUCCCAAGUUUCUUUAUAGUUGCUCUUGUUAAGAAGUUCUAAGUUGCUCUUCUGAGAACUUAUACAAGUUAUAAGCUGUCUGCCAUUGUUUAUAUAGGCCAUGGCAUCAGUUUCUUUUUUCCGGAUAUCACCUUAUUUUUUGACAAAUUCAGAAAGUAGGGGUUGGUUUCAAGUGAGAGUUCAGAAUUUAGGUAGUAGUGAUUCAACACUGCCGUCAUCUGAUUCAUAUGUAGCGAAUGGAACUUCUUUCAAUGGACAUAAAGAGAAGAAUGGAGCUCUUAUUGAUGGAGGCACUAGGGUGGAAGAGGAGAGGGCUGUGAUUAAUGGAGAAAAUGGGAGAUUGAAGUCUAUAUUAGAGAAAAAGAAGGUUAAAGAUUUUUCUUUGGAAGUGUUUUGGGAUGAUGGAUAUGGUACCAAGACAGUGAAGGAUUAUUUUCAUGUAGCCAAGGAGAUGAUUAUGCCUGACGGAGGGCCGCCACGAUGGUUUUGCCCCCUCGAGUGUGGGCAACCUCGAAAAAAUUCUCCAACUCUUCUGUUUUUACCAGGGAUGGAUGGUGUUGGCUUGGGACUUACUUUGCACCAUAAAGCUCUUGGAAAGGUGUUCGAAGUUUGGUGCCUUCAUAUUCCUGUGUAUGACAGAACACCAUUUGAAGGACUGGUGAAACUUGUUGAAGAAACUGUAAGGAUUGAGCAUGCUGCGUCACCAAAUAGACCAAUUUAUCUAGUGGGGGAUUCCUUUGGAGGAUGUCUAGCACUUGCUGUUGCUGCCCGUAAUCCUAAAAUUGACCUUGUUCUUAUCCUAGCCAAUCCAGCUACAUCAUUUGGCAGGUCACAGCUAGAACACCUGCUUCCGAUUUUGGAGGCUUUACCUGAUGGAUUACAUAAUGCAGUCCCCUAUCUUCUUAGCUUUGUUAUGGGUGAUCCACUGAAGAUGGCAAUGGUUGAUAUUGAAAAUAGGCUUCUUCCCAAAUCAAAAAUUGAACAACUGUCUGGCAAUCUCACUGCUUUAUUACCACUUCUUUCUGGUUUGACUGAUAUCUUUCCAAGGGAAACUCUUCUUUGGAAGUUGAAACUGCUUAACUCUGCUGCUGCUUAUGCCAAUUCCUGUCUUCAAGCUGUAAAAGCUGAAGUGCUAGUGCUUGCUAGUGGCAAGGAUUAUAUUCUUCCUAGUGGUGAUGAAGCUAAGCGUCUGAAAAGUUCAUUACGGAAUUGCACAGUUCGUCUCUUUAAAGAGCAUGGGCAUGCAAUUUUACUGGAAGAUGGAAUUAAUUUGCUCACUAUUAUUAAAGGUACUUGCAAAUACCGUUGUUCAAGUAGGCUUGAUUUUGUCUCAGACUUUGUGCCACCUAGCAUGUCAGAAUUCAAAUAUAUCCAUGAUGAAGUAAAUGGAUUAUUUUGCUUUGCUACUGGUGCUGCUGUGUUCUCAACUCUGGAUGAUGGAAGAAUAGUAAGAGGUCUUGCUGGGGUUCCAAAGGAAGGUCCUGUUUUAUUAGUUGGUUACCACAUGUUGAUGGGAUUUGAACUUCAGCCCCUCUCAGAAGCAUUCUUGAGGGAGAACAUUGUUCUGCGUGGUCUAGCACAUCCAUCACUCUUUAAUGGGACGAUAGAAAAUUCAUCUAGUGAAUUUUCUCAACUAGAUUGGUAUAAAGUGUUGGGCGCAGUACCUGUUACAGCAAAUAAUAUUUUCAAAUUGCUCUCAAAAAAUUCGCAUGUGCUUCUUUAUCCUGGAGGUGCACGGGAGGCUUUGCAUUACAAGGGUGAAGAGUACAAGUUAAUUUGGCCUAAUCGGCAAGAAUUUGUGAGAAUGGCUGCAAGGUUUGGGGCCACAAUUGUACCAUUUGGGACUGUAGGAGAAGAUGAUAUAGUAGAAUUGGUUCUUGACUACAACGACCUAAUGAAAAUCCCGUUUGUUAAUGAGUUUGUUAGAAAGAUUGAUCGCACUGCUGCAAGAAUCAGGGAUGAGAGUCAAGGAGAGGUUGCCAACCAAAAACAUUAUAUCCCAGGGCUUUUGCCUAAGUUACCUGGCCGAUUUUAUUUUCUGUUUGGAAAGCCCAUAGAAACAAAAGGGAAGGAAGAGCUUCUGAAAGACAGAAAUUAUGCAAAUGAGUUGUACUUACAGGUAAAAUCUGAAAUUAAACAUAAUAUGGACUACUUGUUGAAGAAGAGAGAGGAGGAUCCUUAUAGGAGUAUCAUUGAUAGAACACUAUAUGGUGCAAUAAAUUCUCGUUGGCAAGACAUUCCUGCCUUUGAUCCUUGAAAUAUGCAUAGACGAUGCAGUAUUAGGUCUCUAAACUUCCACAAACAAUCCAUUUCACUGAAAGUGAAGUGUAUACAAAAUAAAAAGUAUAUGUAAUAAAAGCUUUGGUGCCUUAUCAAGUUCUCAUUUGUAGAAUUACUUUAUGAUUAUGAUAGUCAAAACAAUUGAGAAAGGAACUUGCGUAAACCCUUUGCAUCAAUGAAGAAAUGAAAUCGUGCUGGACUAG